UAGAGGUGUGAAGAUAUACGCGGUAUACGCCUACAGUGAGAACCAAAAAUAAUAAAACUGGUGAUUUUUAAUUUUAUCAUAACUUAUGUGGAUUUACAUGCGAAAAGUGAAAUGACGACCUGAAUCGCGAGAAAUGGAGUUGAAAGUUGCGAUUCAAUCAAAUCGAGCGGAGAUAUGAGCGCUAUUGUAGAUGUACAACAUGACGUACAAUUUCACGAUGUAUGGCAGGCUAUAGAGAAAGUCCUUCAGCAGGACAGAAUCAAGGAUGAGGACACAGGACAGGAGGACUGUCAGGGGGAGGACAAGCAGGGCGAGAGGGUGGAGGAAAGAGGACAGGGGGAGGGGGAUGUUGUGGAGUUAACGCCCCUUGCACCUUUACAAACACAUAAUAGACCUAGUUUUUCUAAGGAAAUGGACGGAAACUAUGACGGACUUGAACCUCCAUCUAUCCAGUCAACUUUCCGAGUCCGAGUUGCGAGUACGGAAUUUUCGGAAAACGAAUUCCUACCUCGACUAAACUGCACCUCUGUGAUAGUGUCGGGGUCUAGGGACCUACUGGAGUUCACUCAGUCCAAUCCAACCUUCUCCAACUGCUCAACCUACUCCGGGACCAUCUCAACCUUCUCCACCUGUAGUCCAACCUUCUCCGGGUCCAAUCCAACCUUCUCCUCCUCCCCUUCAGAGUACACGAACCCAGAUUAUCUCAUUUCAAAUUCAGAUUAUUCAAGUUCAGAAAUACAGGAGUAUAUUAGCUCGAGUAUUGAAGACUACACUAGUCCCAAUAACUCUGGGGGGAUUGAGGACUAUGUUAGUCCUAAUAGCUCCGGGAUUCAGGACUUUAAUAGUCCCAACAGCACGGGAAUUACAGACUACACUAGUACAGGAGCUACUGAGUACAGCUUUCAACCCUGCACUGACUCCUUAGAAAAUAUAAAGGUUGAGGAAAGGCUGGUCAAUAGUAUCCUCAAUGACAUGAUCGAAGGUGAACCUAACUGGUUUCAGGAUUCUAUACCAGACACCAAACCCGAGACAGGUUCAAGCCUUCUUCGGCAGGCGCUGGUCUCCCGCCGAGUCAAGCCCAAGCCCGUGGCCCUGUACUGUAAUGAUUCACAAGAAUCAAAGGAAAAGGCUCAACCGGAUUUUGUAGAUCUUGAUAUGCUUGUUUAUAAUGAGCUAGAUAAACAUUCAUCAACGAUGAAUAACAAUGAUAAGGCGAUGCAGCCCAAUACUGCUAAGCUACUAAACAGCUUAGCUCUGGAGGGAAUACCAGUUGCCACCGGGGUCACACUACCCACAUCCCCACUACCUGUCUCACAGGUCUUCCCGAACCAACAACGCCAGACAUUGCCAGUCACCGUGCCUCAAUGCACAGUGAUUCAAAUCCCCACCUCCAAUCUCAGACUGGAGAUGGAAGUUAUGGAUCACAUGUUUAAGAAGACAGCAGAUGUGGAGCCUAAAAAGCGGCCAAGGAAUCGGAAAGUCAAUCUGAAGAAGAGGAAAUCAUUUCCAGGAGAUGAGGUCUCCCGACCCGCUCCGAAGAAUAGAAUUGAGAGAGGAAGUUGUGACUCUCUUCUCCAUGAGCUGCAAUCCCGUGGUAAGGGUGCUGUUACUCCACCGUCUAGUCCAGAGAAUGGCAAGGUUCAGAAGGGUAAGAAUCUCGAGGCUGUUCCUGGCGGAUCUUAUCUAGCCAGGCUGUCUCCCAUUGACGCUCAACCAUGUGUCUCCACAGGCUCCGAGAAUACAACACUGCAAAGAAUUGAUUCCAUCUUCUCAUCAUCUUCAUCCUGCUCUCCCUCCCCGUCCUUUGCCAGCGUAACCUCUAGUCCUCCGCCUGGCAUUCAAGUUAUGACCCCACCGUCCUCUCCUAGUCUGAACCCUAACUCUAGUCUAAAUCCGUCCUCCAACCGGCUUCAAGACCCCCAUCAGGUGAUGGUUGUCCUCCAGAGAAAGCCACCAACCCAUACCUGUGAACAGCCCGGCUGUGGGAAGACCUACACCAAGUCGUCUCACCUUAAAGCGCAUUUAAGAACGCAUACCGGGGAAAAACCUUAUAUAUGUCAAUGGGAAGAUUGCGGCUGGCGAUUUGCAAGGUCGGAUGAGUUGACCCGUCACAAGAGAAAGCAUACCGGAGACAAACCAUUUCACUGUAAACUAUGUGAUCGAGCUUUCUCAAGAUCUGAUCAUCUAGCGCUUCACAUGAAACGUCACACGUCUAUAUAAAGCCCUUUGCAUUAAUGGGACUGUAAGCGUAAUUUUAAGUGAACUCUCAUUUCAAGAGGAACAUCCCAGAAUCAAUACAAUCCUUAAUCUGAUCAAAUUGUUGAAGAUAACGUUGAUUUCCUCGAAGAUGUUUAAUUCUGAUAAUUUCUUAUAAGCAAGAAAUUAGCAUAUUCAUUUAACAGAGAAACCUCUAAUGAAAUUAUCCAAUUUUCAAUAUGAUAAUAAGAAAUAUCGAAUUCAUACUUGAAAAGACAGCGCUUUUAAGGGAACCGUUGUAAAUUUGGCAUUGUCAAAAUUUGGCAUAAAAUUACGCUUACAGUCUCUUUCAGUCA